AUUAUACGCACGAGUGCAGGUACUGUAAUCGGUGAGUUAAUUUUACCACACAAAGAGAUCACUCAGAUUCAAAAUGUUCACUAGCCAUCAGUUCAAACUUCGAAACUGAGAAGAGAAGAACGCAGAAACAAGAAAGAGUAAACCGAGGAAGAUAUUUUAAAAAUACAGAUAAUUUUAUAAACAGCAAAUAAUCAUCAUUAGAACAAUUUAUGAACUCACGAGAAUGUCUCGAUCGACAAGAAUGCAUAUGAAUUCGAGGGCGUCAACCAUGCAGGCCAACAAAGAACAAACUGGAGCAACUAUUCGCGGGAAAGACUACGUGGAUAGCAUUAGCCAUAAGGGUACCCAACCUACUGGAAAGAGAUCGGUUUUCAUGGAUCUGAGUAACAAACAACACCCUAAUCCCAAAGAUGCGAAAAGUGUUCCUGAAAAGAAGAUUCCUCUAAAGACCGAGGCAAAGAAAACCGCUCCUAUUCUGUCAAAAGUCUCCAAGAAAACAUCCAAGAAGGCGGUAUCUCUAUCUGCGUCACCUAUUAAAGCUACAGGAACAUCAAAAUCUAAGAACUCUAAGCUACCAGUGAAAGUGGCAAAAGAAUUAAAGGUCACAAAUUCCGACUAUAUGAACUUGAGUAAGUUGGGAGAUGCACUCGAUGAAGUCCUUGCGUCAAAGCCAGUAGGUGUCCUUGACAUUGACACUGAGGAAACAUGCAUGUUUCGGUGCCCAGAGUAUGCUCAGGAUGUCAUCGAUUAUCUCAUGAGUAACGAGGCAAGGCUUGUUAAAGGAAAAGACUUCAUGAAGGCUGAUAAAGAUGUCAACCCACAUAUACGUGCAAUUCUCAUUGACUGGCUCAUUCAAGUUCAGGCACAUUUGAACUUGACACAAGAGACCCUCUACAUGUCGGUAAUGAUGCUGGAUGAAUUCCUGGUGAAGCAGCCCAUUACAUUGGCCAAAGUGCAGCUUCUGGGAUUAACAUGUCUUUUCAUCGCUGCGAAGUUCCACGAAAGGUUCCCACCAGAUAUAGCCGUCCUGACCCAUUUAACAGAGGAUACGUAUACCUUCAAACAGGUGAUCCGAAUGGAACUGAUCGUCCUCAGGAUACUGGACUUUGAUCUGAACUUUCCAUCACAAAAGGAGUUCGUAGAGCGAUAUCUACAAGCCGUCCCAAAUGCAGUGCAAAAACAUGGAAGAACGUUGAAGAAUCUUUGUUUAUAUCUGAUCGACAUUACUCUCCACGAUAUCAACAUGAUGGAAUACACUCCCUCAAUGAAGGCAGCUGCAAGUGUCUAUAUGGCACUGAAGGUAAGACGCACGCCAUAGGCCCAUAGCAGAAUGUACCCUUACUUGCUUGAGUGCUGCAUAAAUACAUAAUGGCAUUUUCUUACUGAAGACCUUAGCCACUGUGUCCUGGUUCGUAACACCAUUGUUUUGGGAUGCUGAAAGGUACUUGAGCCUGAAGUUGAGCCAUGGACCACUACACUUGUCUACUAUAGUACCUACCUAGAAUCACAGUUGGAGGAUAUUGUCCAUAUCUUUGCAAAGACCCUGCAGAAUGUCUCCAAAACACGCUUUAUGGGUGCUAUGAACAAAUAUGCCAGCAGGGCUGUGUACAAAUCAAUCAGCAAAAGUCCAAUUAUUACGAAGUCUGAGGUCGUCGAGAGUUUCGCUAAUCGGCAAUAGAGGGCCAGAGAAUAUGCGGCAACUUGCGUGGCCAUUCAACCAAAUCAUUCAAUGACAAUGACUAUAUUCUAAUCUGAAUGUAUGACAUUUGAAAAGAUGAUAGAUUGAACCUCUAAAUGGUUGAUUUAUCUUACGCAGUGGAGAUCCUGCGACAAUACUUGAUCUAGAGAUUGAACCUAUCACCGGGCAGCGUUAUGCCGGACAUACGGGCUUUGCUCGCCGGUCGAGUGUUUUCAGCGACGAAUGGCCAGUCAAAUUGUCUCUUCGUGAACCAGAUAUUUUGAUUGGACUCAAAAGUGCAUGCGCAUGUAGAUUCUAACCUGUGUCACGCUGUUGACUUUUCAUGUUGAGUGUGAAUGUUUAUAAUUGUUAUAUAUUGAAAUUCUAUUUAUUACGUUGAAAGUUUGAACCAAAGGAGUAAUACUGUACAAAAUCUGUGGCCAUUGGAGAAGUUGAAUAUAAUGCAUAGAUUUUGAACAAUAAUAUUCGAAUGAGAUGUAUUCAUAUUACGCUGUUAACAGAUGGAUAUAUUAAUAUUUACACCACGAUUUUAGCUACGUUAAACAUUUUAACUAAAAUAGUAUUCAUAUACAAAAAUAUUUUAGCGAUAUUUAAAUUUUACAUGUAUUUUUCAGAAUUUUCAAGCACGGGUUGAAUCCUACGGGAAACUGUAUUUAAGUCAUCUAUAAACUGUGUUUGACAUGUUCUUUAAAAUACUAUAUUUUGAUGCCUCUUCAUUGAAUAUGAUUCCAGAAUCUAAAAGUAUCAACAAUCAAACAUUGCCAUGGUUACACGCCAAUUCAUGGAGCAAAACAAAUUACACGUACGUGCACGUACAAGUACACCUUGAGAGAAAUAGACAACCAAAGAUAAUUUUGUGCUUAUGCAAUUAUUAUGAAAACCAUGUAAUUUAUAUGCAUUGAUGAUUAUAUUCUUUGAAAAUAAAGGGCUAUAUUUUAACUAAAACUUUUUAAAGUUGUUUCUACUUUGACGAUCAUAUUGCAUCCACUUCCACAAGAGUGACCUUAACAAUCUCAUAGUCGAGAGUCGUGUGUGACUUGAUCAGUUCCAUGUUCGUGACAUAUUAUAUUCCCAAACUAGUCCCGACAUAAACUACUUGUUACUCGGGACUUUAGCCACAUUCAUGUCGGACUGACUAAUGCGCGAUAAUUUUGACAAUAAUUGAGACCGGCAAUUACCAUUAUUCUGAUAAUCAUCAAAUCUUCAUGCCUUCAACGAGAUCGAAGCUAAUAAGAGGUCAUGAUUUAUCAUUAAGAUUACCACUGGCAUAUACACGGUGGGCCAAAAACGCAAGACUCAAGACUCCAACUUUUUCAAUAAAAUGAUAGGACAAGUCCUAUAACUUUGAUUGUAUUUGAUCUGGAAGACGGAGUUCAAUUGGUCAACCACCCCUUUUGAUGAUAGCUUUAAGUAUUGCCUUGUAUUCGCGAAUGCAACUAACGCCUGUCGGCUAACGGAUUAACCUGCUAUU